AUGGAAAACAGGGAGGGAAGGAAGCCCGACCAGCGAGUGCAGCCCAGGGACCGAAGAAAAAAAAGCGCCGUGCAGGUGAAGAGGGAAAGCUCCAAGAAGCCAUGGUACCUACACCUAGAAAAAAGCGAACUAACUUUUUUUUUCGAUUUGAUAGAGGAGGACCUCACAUGUGGGUUUAAAAGAAAAAUUAGCUUGGCCACUCUGGGGAGUGCAGACGGGUCGCCUGGCGAGGUGCACGACAAUGCGUUUAAGAGGGUCGCGGUGAAGCGGGAGCAACGGGGGGGUGUCGCAGAGGGUGCAGAAUUGGAUGCCGAAGUGGGUGCCGAAGUGGGUGCCGAAGUGGGUGCCGAAGUGGGUGCCGAAGUGGUCGCAGAAGUGGGCGCCGAAGAGGGUGCAGAAGUUUGCACCGAAGUGGGUGCUGAAAUUUGCACCGAGGUGGGUGCGGAAGUUUGCACCGAGGUGUGCACUGAGUCGGAAGAGAAGAACCAGGAGGGGGAGGAUGGCUACUUGGCAGGGGAGGGAGAGUCCUCCGAGGGGUUGUUCCACGUGAGGGACGAGAACGGGCAGAGCGGCACGCUCAGCGAUGACCACUCGUUUGAGGAGCACCUCCCUGGGGGUUCGCGCAGAGGGGUGAUUGGGAGCGGAAGAGCGCAGAGGGGAAGCGUGCAGAGAGGAAGCGUGCAGAGAGGAAGCGUACAAAGUGGAAGCGUGCAAAGUGGAAGCAUACACAGUGGAAGCAUACACAGUGCCGCUAUCCAAAGCGGAAGUGUGCAAAGCGCCGAUGUGCAACGCCGAAGCAUACACAGCGCCGGCGCGCAAAGCGGCAGCGUGCAGAGCCUCCCCGACGAAAUCGAACCCUCCAACUACGUGUACCGAAAGGAGCCGUCCAAACUAGCCAUGCGGUGCACGCACUAUAAGAAGCCGUACAACCUGCUGCUUUACCUGAACGCCUUCUUGAGGGAGCUGACCUGCAACAAGAAGGAAGCAGUAGAUCGGCUGCUAAAAGCAUUUAACCGAAAAAGAUUUAAUAAUAAAAAUAAUAAAGGCAUGCGAAAUAAUUUUAAGGGAGACUUAUACAGAGUGGUGAUACAUGCAGGGGGGAUUCUCUCCUUCAAAUUGCUAAAGAAUAACAACGAAAUUGGGAAAAAAACAUAUUACAUGAAUGAGGAGCUACUUCACUUAGAAAUCAAUAACAUUUUAGGGAAGAACUACCCCUUGAAAUAUAUUUUUUAUAUGAAUCAGGAGGUCCGAGACUUCCAGAGAGUGGUCAUGCCGCUGGAGUUAAGAAGCGAUAAGCCCAUUACGUGUGGCAUCCUCCUAGACUUCGAUUACAUGGGGCGCUCCUUCGAAAUGAAUGAGCAGAGGCCUAUGAAGCUCGUGGACUUGGUGCUGAUGCUCGACAAGAUCUGCGAGGUCCUCCGCGAGAACUGCACCGUGAUUUAUGUGCACCACGCGGGGGUCGAGAGCGACAGGGAGGUGCAAGGCAGUGCGGUGGUGGCAAGCACUUCCGGUACGGCAAGCACUUCCGGUGCGGUAAACACUUCCGGUGCGGUAAACACUUCCGAUGCCGCCAACACUUCCGGAGCGGCCAACACUUCCGGAGCGGCCAACACCUCCGAAGCGGCCAACACUUCCGGUGCGGCCGAGUUGAUUCUCCCGCACCCGCGGCGCGGGGCCAAGCACACGGCGAACGCGCACCGGGGGCACGCAUGCAGGCACAAAAAGGCCUACGGCUACCUCUUCGACGACCUGGAGAGCACGCUCAAGCUGUUCGAGGAGCGAAACAUUAAGGUGGUCAUUCGGACGAGUGGCGCGAGAGCGAAAAAAAAAAGCAAACUGGUGAAGGACAUGGCGCAGCUAUUUCAAAACCCCCUAGUCGAUAACAUCCUCCUCCUGUGCAAUGACGUAGAUGUGAUUUCCUAUUGUUACCAUGUGCGCCACAGAAUUAAAAGCAAAAGUGGAGAGGCGUGCAUGAAGGAGGAUUACACCUUCCAAUUUAUGAAGCCCGUUUUGAUUUUCUCCUUUUUAAAUAAUUUGCCAAUAAAAGAGGGGAAGAUUUACCCUCACCUGAAGCUCGACCGUUUCUGCUACAUGACCUUCAUCAUUACAACUUACCUGUUAAGGUGCCAAGCGAGGAACCUCCAGAAGUUGGCCACAGAAAGUCACUUCCGUGUGAACCUGGUGGAGGAUCUAAUUAGCAAGUAUAAUCAUGAAAAUCGAAAUUUAAAAAAGAGAAUGAAUGUUUUGCUUCUUGACGAUUUACUGUACAAGGUCAGUGCGAAGUGCAAGACGAAGAAGAAGGCGAAGAAGAGGGCCGAGGCCGACGCGGAGGUCUCCGUUUCGGACCUCCUGCGCAGGAGCUUUUCCCCGGUGUACUACCCCAUGCACUACUACUUGGAGGAGUCCUAA